GACGUGUAUACGCACUUCUUGAUGAUGAUUUCACAAGGUCACAUUUCUUAUUACACGCCUGUCUAGUUAUUUGUCAACCAACCACAACCAAGUAACUUGUCAGACAAACAUACCAUCCCCAUAUUUUAUUUACAAAGCAUAAUUAUGAAAUAGGCGUAGUAAUACACAACUGCCGAAAUAUUAGGCGGACAUAGACUGAAAUAAUACUUGAUCAUUGCCCUUAUUCAUGGAAAGCGAAUUAUGAUUAUCAUCAAUGAAUGAUAUUCAAUUCAAUAUAAUGAUCUGACAAUAUAAUUUAUAUUCAUCGACGAUAGACAUAUCAUAAGAAGUAAUGAGAUAAUCAUUAUGAUAAUGCAACCAUUACUACUCAUAUGGUUAAAAAUUGUCUUCUUCAUAAUUGGUGCAUCGAGUGACAGUUUCUACUUUAUUGUCAAUCCAAAUGAUCAAGAUGUCGAAGAAGGGCAACCGUUACGAUUAAGAUGUGCUGUAACACCAUCAAAGGAUAUUUAUUAUUCAUGGUUACAUAAUGGAACACGUUUACAAUUAGAGAAAGAAGGCGGUCGACGUUACCUUGAAGUCGAUAGUAAUCUACAAAUUCUACAUGCAGAUCGAGAACUAGACCCCGGCACAUAUCAAUCCAGCAGAGAGGCAAAAGUGAACAUUUAUUGGAUGGAUCCAGAUGUUCACGUAUCUUUAGUCAAACCAUCACGUUACGAAGAUAUUCGUCUUGGUGAAGAGGUGGAGUUUACCUGCAAUGUGAGAGCAAAUCCACCUCUAAGUCCAGCAAAUAUAAAAUGGUUCCACAAUGGAAAUGCGCGUCUACCUAAUACAGAAUUUCGAAGUAAUGGAAACUUGCGUAUAGCAGUUUUUGGGAUUGAACACACGGGGAGUUAUCAUUGUCGAGUUAUACAUGCCGCUGGUAAAUUGGAUAGUAGACCACCAUUCUUGAUUCAAAUGACACAUGAUAAUCCACCGAAAUUAUUAACUGAUUUAUUAAAUCAUGAAUUCUCUAAAUUUGUUAUACGUGGUCGUUCUGUUGAAUUGGUAUGCCCUCAACCAGGUGUACAAAAGUCAAAUGAUGGUAUAACACCUAUUACAGUAUGGGGAUUAAUGCCACGUUUAGGGGAACAACAACAACCUGUCUCAACUCUAAGAGAUAUUCAAUUUGCAGAUCAAGAUACAAAAUUAGUAAUCAAUAAUUUUGAUGUACAUCAUGUGAGCUUUUAUACAUGUGAAAUUAGUUGGCCCGGUUCACCAGAUAAAUAUGUUUUCUUAUUUCAAAUUGAAAUAGCUGCUCUUUAUUACCCAAAACGAACAGAUUUUUCACCUCGUUUAAAAAAGAAUCAACCUUAUGUGGUUCGAAUAAAUGAAGAUGCAAAUCUACGAUAUUAUUCUGAUGAUUCACCAUCGAAUUCUUUCAUCAGUGAUCAGAUUUCGAAUCCAACACCAAAAAUUUCAUGGCAUAAAAAGGAUGAACAUCAACCAAUUCCUGUCUGGCCUCCAGUGACAUCAUUAACACACUAUGAAGAGUCAAAUAUGAACGUUCGAAGGCCUAGAAUUUAUGCUCUACGCGGACGUCAUUUAGUAAUCCAUUCUGUAACUGAAUCAGAUUCUGGAUCAUAUGAAAUGAUUUUAACGAAUACUGCUGGUCGAGCUUCUAUUGUAUUUGACAUUUUAGUUAACUUUCCACCUGAGUUCUAUCAACCAUUAACUCAUGAAGAACACGCUUUGGAUGAAGACAGUUCAAUUACAUUAGACUGUGGUAUUAAAAAACGUUCAAUUCCUGGAAGUAUAGUCUACUGGGAGAAAGAUCAACGGGUUCUAGAGAAAUAUGCUAAUAGUCUUAUGGUUUUGGAGAAUAAUGGAGAGACUCUACGAUUUCCUGAAUUAAAACCAGAAGAUCAAGGUCAGUAUCAGUGUUUUGUACAAACUGAUGGAUAUAAGGAACGAUGGGCUGGUCGUGAACAAACUUUAGUUGUUAAAGCUAAAUUACAAUUUUUACGUGAACUUCGUGAACAAUUCUUAGAAAUAAAUGUACAAGGAAGGAUUCCGUGUAAAGCUCGAGGUUAUGGUAUAGUAAGUGUUGAAUGGUUUCGUAAAAUUGAAUCAUAUUCUAAUGAUUUACAAAGAAUUCGUCCACCUAAUCAAGUUGAAGGUGGUACACUUAUAAUUCAAUAUGUUCAAAAACAUGAUGCUGGUGAUUAUGUUUGUAUUGCAAAAUCAACUUACAAAAAUGCUCAGAUCAAUAUGACUGUAAAAGUGAUUGUUGGAGAAAAGCCUCAAAUAUCUCAAAUAAGCGCAAACCAAACUGUUCGUGUUGGUAAUCAAGUUAUACUUAACUGUCAUGCCUCAGGCGAUCCACAUCCACAAAUUAGCUGGAUAGUGAAAAAACCUGGGUAUAAAGUUCCUAAUGUUUAUACACCAAUGGUUGAUGUUUCAAGUGAAACAGAGAAUAAUGAUCAGUCUGCAGACUUGUCUGAUUCAAGUCGGUCAUCUGAUCAUUUACACGAUCAACAGUUUCUGCAACCAUCUGGUUCAAGUUCAUCUUCAUCAGCUUCAAUUGACCAUAGUAUUAAUACUGCAUCAAAUCCAGAUGCUGUUGUAGCCGCUAUUUCAAGAAAUAUGAAAGCAAACAGUGGACGUAUAACAGCAUUUCCAAACGGUAGCCUAAUUAUCAAGCAUUCGCACUUAUCAGAUCAAGCUGAGUACAUAUGUGUGGCUGGCAAUAAACAUGCUAUUAAAACUCGUCAAGGAGUUUUUGUUAGAGUUCUAACUCCAGAAGAAUAUACUAGACAACAACUUGGUGAAGAUGGUUCCAGUUCUGGUAUGAUGAAAACAAUAUGCAUAGUUGUUGGUUGUGCAGUUACAUAUUUAGGUUUGAUUAUUGGCUUAACAGCAUUCUGUAGUAUACGUAUGGUACGUACUCGACGUAAUCGAUCACGUAAAACUGGUGGCAAGCUGCACGAAAAUGGUCAAUUACUUAAUACUCUGAAUGAUUCUAGUAAUCCAAAUGGAGGAAAGAGAGGAUCACAAGGAAGUGGCACUGGAGCAGGAACAGGAGCAGGAAAUUUUGAAAGUGGCUUGCUAUUAGGAGGUGCUUCUGGGAUAAAUACAACCGCUAAUGCAUCUCUAAGUCAUCUACCUCAUUGCGGUCGUCCAGUUCUAACGAGUGCGUCAGGAACACGCAGUGGGACUAGUUAUCCUGACUCAAAUACUUUACCACAUCCUUUAAUGUGUACAGAGGCCAGUCCAAAUCAACGGGCAAACAUUCCAGUGAACGAUACUAAAUGCUGGUGGCCUGUAUCUGAUAACGUCUUUUAUGGACAAAACGAUGCUCAGGCUAAACUGUUACAGUCUACUGGUGCUGGACCAAUAGAUGGAUUCGUUAAUCCGAUGACAGACGUUACAGAUCUCAAUGGUCAAUCAUACGUUCAAGGGCAUUCUAUGAUGAAUCCUUCAUGUAACCUAAUGUUUUCUGGUCACAAGGGUACAAGCACAGGUGUUGGAAGUAGUACAAUCGCCACGACUACAUCAGAAUCGCAUCUUGUUUCUGCACCCCCACCAACGCCUCUUGAUUCAAGAUCACAUUUCAGUGGGGUUUCUUCUGGUAAUUCAACAAGUUUGUAUUCCCGAUCACUUUUAAGUGGUGCUUCAAACUUUGGUUCACCUCCUAAUCAAUCAGCCUCACAUAUGAAUGGUAUUAACCAGUAUGAUCAAUCAAAUGGAUUACAUACUAUCAGUCAAACAGAUCGUAUGAAUUAUCCACGUUGUGAAUUGCAAAUGGAAGGAAUUUUGGGUAAAGGUGAAUUUGGUGAUGUAUUCCUGGCACGUGCUCGUCAUAUACAAGAAGGUGAAGUUCAAUCAUUAGUAUUAGUGAAAUCGCUUAGUUCACGUGAUUCAGUGCAUAUCAAUGAAUUUCAUCGUCAACUAGAAUUGUUUGGUCAAUCUGAUCAUGAUUAUGUUACACGUUUGUUAGGCGUAUGCAUGGAACAAGAACCUUUCUACAUUUUGUUAGAAUAUUGUGAAUGGGGUGAUCUGAAACAAUUUCUACGCUGUAUGCGUGAAGAGAACUCAGCACCAUUCAAAAUGCCACCACUUACGUGUGCUCAAAAGAUGAGUAUAUGCAAACAGCUUGCACUCGGUAUGGACUAUCUUGCACAUAUGCAUUGUGUUCACCGUGAUUUAGCGGCAAGAAAUGUACUAUUGACACAAGAUUUAGAAGUAAAAAUCUCAAGUCUUGGCUUAGCUAGAGAUGUUUACGCAAAUGAAUAUUAUCGUCUACCGAAUACAGAACAAUUUAUUCCUUUACGGUGGUUUGCUCCAGAACUCAUUCAUGAGAUUACAACUAAUACCGCAAUCAGUACGACUAAUCGACAUUUAGCAUUAUGCAAUGGACGUGAAAAUGAUUCUAUAAAUCAACUAGCUAAUCCAUCAAUACCUUAUUCAACCCAAUCAGAUGUUUGGGCAUUCGGUGUACUGGUCUGUGAAGUCUUCUCACUAGCUGCCCUUCCACUAGCUAGGCUAUCAGAUCAAGAAAUUAUUGUAGCUGGUCAGCGAACAGCUAUGCAAGUAAGUGGUGGAGUCAGUGGUUUUACAAAAUCAAAAAUUAAUCCUACUGACUCAUCACCACUUAAACCAGAUUUAGUUGCUGAUAUACCAAGUGAAUUGGCUAGUCUACUUAACCGUUGUUGGUCUCCUGCUCCACAACAUCGACCUACAUUCAGUGAAAUCGCUAUAGUUAUACGUGAUCUAGCCUCAUCAUAA